AUGGUCUUAUUUGCUUGCUACGCUCGGAGCAACAUUCCCCGAGAUCUCGUUCAUUAUAAAAAGAAGGAACUAGAAAAACAAUAUGUUAGGUUCAUUAAGAGCAGUUCACAUGAAACAUCAAGAGCAUUUUGUGAAUCUCUAGUAGAAAAAUGCAGUAUACGAAAUCUAAAAACAUUAGUAGCAUUAGGAGAGUACGGAAUCAAAAAUAAUAAACUAUCCGUUAUGGAUAAGACGAACAUAGUCCAGAUGUUCGUCCUAAUCUCAAAAGUCCGUGAUUAUAACUGCCUUCUGCUAUACAAAUCUGAUCUUUUGAAAAUUUUAUACAAAUAUGCAAUGGUUUUAAAGACUUGUCGUCCAUAUUGCUUCCGCAAAGAUAUCCCACAACUAGAAAUUAUCCGAUUUUCGGAGUAUGUAGUCCACGUCAUCGACGAGUUCUCAAAUUGCAAUUCGUACGGAACACUCCCAGAUGACGGAAUACCAGUGUAUAUUAAGAAGUUUUCAAAAGAAGCAAAUAAAAUCAAAUCGAAGUUGAUGAAGAAGGGAGUAAAGUUUACAAUGGGCUCCUGGGAUAUGCCAUACCACAGAAAUGAGUCGUUGAACACGUUGGGUGAUACUGACGAGCUGAUCAUGGUGAAAUCGCUGGGAGAAAGAACCCAAGAACUACAAGAAAAUAUAUCUACAAUAGAAGCACAGAUGCAAAGUAAUAAUAUCUUCGAACCCGACUCAUCAGUGGAUGAAUCGCUAAUUUCGGAAUUAAUCAGAACAUUGAGUCUGUAUGAGUUUAAAACACAAAACUUGAUACAAGAAUCAGUGGACUCAGAAUCAAUGGAAAACUAUGACCAGUUAAUGAACAUAUUAGACUACAUCAAACACUUAAUCAACACCUUGAAUAGCAAAAUGUGCAUAUCGUUGGAUCAAGAGUAUAUUGGAAACAAUUUAUCGCCUGUAAGUUUCGAUCCAUUCAAUAAUUCAACACAAGAACAUAAUGUAAAUGAAACUAGUACAGAACAAAUAAAUCGGGAUGAAUCAGACGUGAGCACAGAAUUAUGUGAUAUCUCACGACAAGAUGAAACUGAAUCUUUGCAUCAACAAGUUGAAACACAGAGUCAACUAUUAAAUUAUCGAAUGACUAGUGAGGAAUCAUCUAAAAAUAUCUCCAAAGAAAGAUUGGAAGAUAUCUUCGAUCCCUUCGGAAUCAAUUUGAAUAAUCAGUCAAGCAUCUCAACCCAUAGAACAGAACAUUUGAGUACAUCAGUACUAUCAACAGUUGAUGAAUUAAUAGACGCUAAUUUGAAUAAAUCCAAUUCCGAGGAUGUACAAUAUUCGAACAAGAAAUCAAUACAGUCUUACCAAAGGUCUAAGUCACUGGAUGAAUUUGCACAAAAAUCAAUGUUCAGCAGAGAAAAAUCACAAGAAAAUAGAUCUCAGGAACUUGAUUCAGAUUCUAAUUCAGACAAGACGAUAGAAAAUGAAGAGUCGAUGGAGGUGCAAAUGAACCAGUUUGUUGACAAAAAGGAUAAAAAACUAUUCAAAAGUAAAAGGUCAAAUUCAUUCAAAUCAACCCAGAGAAAAUCAAAUGAAUUUGAUUUAAAUAAUUUAACAGAUGAACUGGUGUUGGAUGAUACGCAGGUUGAGUGUCUGGUAAACAAUAUACAAAUUCCUGAAGAAAUUGAAAUUCAAGAGGAUGAGAGAGAUUGUGAUGACUCCACUAAAACUGACGACGUUGAAAACAUGAACGAAGAUAUAUCGUAUGUAAUGAAUACACUGAAGAGAAUAAAUAAAUACCUGGAGUCAAAACCACCGAAAUUUGUAGCAAAUUCUAAGACUUAUCAGGAAAUCCAAGCUUCACUACACACAGAUUAUUUUGACAAAUGCCACACAUUCGGAAGUGAUAAUCUUUCUAAAACAAUAUCAGAGGAGCAGGAAAAACAAUUUGACCAAGAAGAGAAGACAGCAAGAGAAGAAAUAUUCGGCAAAGAACUAUUUUCAAAUUUGGAUGAGAAUCUGUAUAAAAGAUUAUCAAACAUUUAUUUGCCAAAGAAAAAUUCAAACUUUCCCUCAAAUGUACCAUAUGACAACACACUUGUGAAACCCUCAAUAUCCUCCCCAAUCCCAUUCCCCUCAUAUUCUACAUACUCAAUAAAUACCCAUAUAACAAACGGAUACCAUACUCCACUGACAAUCAAUUCAUAUAUUCCAACAUCCUACAAUCCUGGCCAAACUAAUUACUACACAAUCAACUACGGUUCAACAGAUUUACAAAAAUCAUCUGACCUUCUGGACAAAAAAGGGAUUUGCAACGACUCGAAGAAAGCUGAGAUAGUUUUUACCAAAGGAAUUCCUUCCGAUAAUUUAAAAAACAAACUGAUAAAGCAGUCGCAACUGGCGAAAAGGUUAUUGGGAGGAAUUGAACAUUUGUCCUUUGAACGUCAGCAAAUCUCAGAUUUCGAAGAUGAAAGUAUAUUUUCGGAAGAAGAACUCGAUGUUAAAAAUUCAAACAGAUCGACAAAAUUAUCCCCGGACAACUUUUCAGCAGAUGAAGAAAAUAACCCAGAACAUUUUGAUGAUUUUGAAAAUCAGCAGGAACCGAGCAAGUUUGAAGAUAACAUAAAUGAAUACGGAUACCCAAUUUUAGAUUUUAAUGAAGUGGAUAACGAGAGCACUAAAUCAGGAGAAAAUGAAAAAAUACCCGAGGGGAUAUACGAAAAAUUCUCAGAAAAUAAAGAAGAAUCUGAAGAAGAAGUAGGUGAUGCAGAAGGUGAAGAUGAUCUCGAAGAAGACUCGAAGGAAGGUAGUUUAAAUUAUCAUAAAGUAUUUUAUAAUAAGUAUAAAUCUAACGAGGAACUUUCUGAUUUUAGCUUUGAAGAGGAAUUAAAAUCAUCAGAAACUUCUGAUAAAUCCUCAAAAUCAGAAGAUAAAAAAUCGAGAAAAAAGUCACAUAAAGGUGAAAAGGAUAGAUAUGAAAGUGAGAAGAGUCACAGAAAAGAAAAGGGUGAAAAAAGAAGAGGAAAAGAUAGAAAGGAAUCAGAAAAUGAAGAAAAAUCACAUAAAAGUAAAAGUAAAUCAGGAAAGAAGCAUGAUAAAAUUAAAAAACAACCGACAAACGAUAAUGAUUUUAGGUACCAGCACUCAUUGUAUACAACAAGUAACUUAGAAGGAAGCCAGUAUGAUUACGGAAUGCCAACAAAUUAUCGUGUACAUCCUGCACAUUACUAUAACAGACAUAUGGUUAAUAGAAAUCAUAGAAGAAGGAGUCAAUACGAGGACCGAUAUGACCCAUCGUAUUACGAACACGUUUCAGCCACCUCACCAUUUGACAAUCACACCUCAUUCACAGACGAAUAUGACUCCUAUUUAUCAGAAUCAAGUUACGUACACAAACCUGAUCCUAGAUAUUAUGCUUCUAAUCGCAAUAUGUAUCGUAGAGAUGAUCAAUUUGGAAAGGCCGAAACCACCAGUAAAAUAGUAGAACUCAGUUCAACCAGUAACACAGAUUACGGAUCAAAUAAAAAUAUGGAUAAUAUAGGAAAAUAUGUUAAAAUAGUAAAUGAUAAUGAAAAGUUUGUUAAGAAUUUCAAAAUACAAGAAAAUGGUGGUAAGAAAGACAAAAACGAGGAAACUGAAACUCCAAAAAGUACUGAGGAAAAGGAACCGGAACAAAAACUCGACAAUUCAGGUGCAAUAACAAACUCAAACAUAGUCAAAAGAGUAAUUAAACGUGGAGGAGAUAUAAUUUACCAAGAUGAACUUUUCUCAGUCAAAUUUAAGCAAUAUACUAGAUAUGAGCCUGUUUUGUACAAUGAAAACACAAUCACAAUUGAAAAUAACUCGUUAUUUUCAUUUUCUAUUUCUUUGGAUUACUCAAACUUCGAAAACUUCCCGAUUAACCUAAAGUUCCUCAAUAAGGAGUUUAAAAACCUGAGUCUUACACCUGAAGCUAAAAUUACCCAGUACUUCAGUACCUAUUGCUUUGGACCAUUUGUGGGUCUCCCAAAGCUUGAAAUCACAGCACAUGUUGACGCAAGUACAGAUAAAAAAUAUAACAUUUAUCUGCCAAUAGCAAUUUCUUGCUUCUUCGUGCCCACCUUAGAUAUUAACAGCUUGUCCCAAAGAUACUUUAACUCCGACAAAUUUAGACACAUAAUGAAGAACAAGGUGUAUUUUAACAUUCCAAAGGUGCUGAAUCUGAGAGAUGUGUUAACGAUCAUAACAACAUAUGGAAGGUUCAAGAUUCUACAACAAUCUGACCAGUAUUUUUAUUUGGCGUCCACCUUCUCGGCUCCGUUCUAUUUCAACUCAACUGAGCUGUACAAAUUCACCAUAUUUGCAAUGAUUGAAAUUUCACCCAGCUAUUACAACGUCCACAUCUCCUCCGAUUCAUAUCGACUCGCAAAUACAACCUCGAUGUUGUUUAAGUAUAUUUUACAACAAUAA